AUGUUAUGUUAUUAUUCCAUCUCCAACCACUUUAUAUUCUAUUCCACUCUACUUUAUUCCGAAGCCUUUUAUUCGACAAAACCCCCGUUCUCCUCUCUCUCUAUCUCUCUCUCGCUGCAUCGAUCACUUUCUCGUAUUCAUCUCGGAUAGAGAAGGAUCUUCUUCAUGUCGCAAGAAACAGAUCGGCCUUUACCAAAGUUUGGAGAAUGGGAUGUCAAUGACCCUGCAUCUGCUGAUGGGUUUACUGUCAUAUUUAACAAAGCGAGGGAUGAGAAGAAGACAGGUGGCAAUGCCCAAGAGACUGAUUCUCCUGGAAAGGAGUACAAGAAAGAUGGAGCCCAUGUUUCCAGAUCUAGCUCGCAGAAAAAAUGGCUUUGCUGCUUGUCCAGUCCUACACAGUCUUAAUGAAGAGAAAUCUCAUGGAUUGCCAGAAAAAAUUACUGUGGAAGUACAAUGAUUUCCUUACAAUAUCUCAAAGGAUGAAAUACUCAGAAAACUUUCUGUGGUUUAUUUUCGUGUGAAUUAGCUUAUGUUUUAUAAUGAUGAAGAUGCUGAAGAGAGAAUGGUCAUGAUGGACCAUUUAUUUUCUUUUUUAUUUGUGAAAUGGGUGUAUGUAUGCUGAAGAUACUUUGAUUGUAUUUACUUGGUAAUUUUAUAUUAUUUUGUCCAUUGGAGUACUGUUUUUAUCGUGAAAACUAUGUAACGCAAUAGCAAUUUCCAUUUCCAUUCUC